GACUUUUUUAAGAUUUAAUUAAGCCGCGUGCCCACUUUUAUUUUAUAAUUGCCAGUUUAAUGCGCGCGCUGAUCCCAAAAGGAAUGCGCGAGCUCAGCGAAAAGCUAGACCGAGGGGAAAAAACAGCUGUAACUGAAAUAGGUUUCAGAUUGAACUGAUUAAAUAUUAAUAUAGGUCGCUAUGUGGAACAGAGCGUUAACGUGAUCUAAAUUGCCUCCGUGUCACUGAAACAUAACGUUUGACAACUUUAGUGCAAGACAGGUAGAAAAAAAAAAAAAAGUUUGAGCUAAUCAUCGUGCUCUUGAUCUGUUAUUUACAAUAGUGUACAACUUAUCAAUAUUUUCACGAAUUUCAGGAGUCGGUCAUUGCCUACAGCUUAUAAAGUCCUUAAUAGCCUAUGUGAUUCUUAUAGCUAGAAUACUUCACCGUACUGUAUUGACGCAACACCCCUACGCCACACAUUGGUUCAAUCCACAUGCGGUAUUGAAGAAGCCCUGACUAAAGUAUAGUGUGUUUAGAUGAAGACGGUUUCGGGUGGGCAGAACAGUAGCUUUCGACAAUAUUAAGCUAAUCAAUCCUGCACUUUUGCGGCAUCUUCGUAUUGCUGUUGUGAUUAAGGGAUGAAGGAUGGAGGAUGGCUUAUCUCAUCUUCAGAUGUGUGUCCUGUGAACCUUUAAAUUGCUGAAGGCUAUAAAGUCACGAUUAUCAAUAUGUGCAAUCAUAAUGUCAUCUAUAUUCAGUAUGGCAGCACUUUAAAACACCCACCUUUUCAGUGACCGGCAUACAGAACUGUGAGCUAAAGAACAAUAAGCUCACAAAUUGUAGUGCCAAGAACACAUGACGCCCACUCAGAAAACAAACUCUUGCAAAUAUUUUCAAAUGAAUUAACUUGAAAACAUCCAACAAGAAAAUCAUGCCUGACCUAAAAAAAAGUAAAAAGCAUCCAUUCGCUCUUACAGUGACUUCAUUUAUUUCCACCUUGCCUUUUAAUUAGAGCCAGAUAUCUAUUUGCCCCGUCACAUGCUGCCAUGACUCAACCCAAUGUUACAGUUCUCUCUGCUAAUAUCUCUGGAGGAUCCGAAUUGGGUAAUCUGUACCGCCCAUUUUCUGUGUUCAGUGUUCUCACGCUCACUUUACUGGCCAUGCUAGUGGUGGCCACCUUUGUAUGGAAUCUUCUGGUUUUGGUGACCAUCCUGAGAGUGCGCACCUUCCAUCGUGUUCCCCACAAUCUGGUUGCCUCCAUGGCCAUCUCGGAUGUGAUGGUUGCAGGACUGGUUAUGCCCCUAAGUCUGGUUAGGGAGCUUUACGGUCGUCGGUGGAUUCUGGGUCGGGCCCUGUGUCAGGUCUGGAUCUCCUGCGACGUACUCUGUUGCACAGCCAGUAUCUGGAAUGUGACGGCCAUUGCCCUAGAUCGUUAUUGGUCCAUAACACGCCACCUGGAGUACACGUUAAAAACACGCAAACGAAUAUCCAAUGUGAUGAUCUGCCUCACAUGGCUACUCUCCUCUGUUAUUUCGCUUUCUCCACUUUUUGGUUGGGGUGAGACUUACUCAGAAGACAGCCUGACUUGUCAAGUAAGCCAGGAGCCCUCCUACACAGUCUUCUCCACUUUUGGAGCCUUUUACCUGCCCCUCUGCGUGGUGCUCUUUGUCUAUUGGAAGAUCUACAAGGCUGCCAAGUUUCGCAUUGGCUCUCGCAAGACCAACACCAUCACACCCAUGGCUGAGGUCAUAGAGGUAAAGGAGGCCGAACGGCAGCCACAGAUGGCCUUCACGGUUCGUCACGCAACUGUAUCGUUCCAGACGGAUGGUGAGACAUGGCGAGAGCAAAAAGAGAGGAGAGCGGCUCUGAUGGUGGGCAUCCUGAUUGGUGUAUUUGUGCUCUGCUGGAUUCCUUUUUUCCUUGCUGAGCUCAUCAUUCCACUGUGUUCGUGCGACAUCCCACCUGUCUGGAAAAGUGUCUUUCUCUGGCUGGGUUACUCAAACUCCUUCUUCAACCCACUCAUUUACACAGCCUUUAACAAGAACUACAACAACGCGUUUAGAAAUCUUUUUUCCAGACAGCGAUGAGGAACGGAAAGAACUAUGAAGGAAAUGAAAACCGUCUUCUCACUUCAGAAUCACACAGAAGACAGAAGUGAUAUAAAAGCAAGGCCAUGAAUGCACUGACUCUAACCGCUGUUCCAGGAGGAAGAGAGGAUUGCCAACUCACAUCAAGAAAUUGCAGGCCUACUGAUGUCUCUAGUGAUCACAUCUUCACCUGCUGGUCAUAUAUCUGUCAAUAUAUGCUGGCUGCUGACGUCUUCAUGGUUAGACAAGUUGUCCACUCUCUGUUAAAUCAGCAGUGCUGAGAUAAUGCAAGUGUUCCCUUUAGCAAAACUGAAUCACUGAUUCAGACACUGAACUAACUGUCCGUAUCCCUCACCAUCGCUGUGAACUCUUGAAAAAGAAAACAAUAACUGUUUUCACUGUUCUGAAGGGUGUGAAACAUCAAAGCCAUUUUUGGUCACAAGUAGGCAUAUGUACACUUUAUGAAAAUCUGGCCUAAUUCACAUCCUUUCACUCCUUCCAAAAUGACUUGGCUAAGGAGCAAUUUAUAUUUCCAUCCCAUUUCCUUUCAUUAAAGUCAAGAAAAGAAAGUCGAUGUGCAAAAGAUGAACAAAGGCGAGACAUGAUUUCAGGUAGAGACAUGGUGAAAUUAAGUUACAGACUUGUGUAGAUGAAAGAAAGACUAUUGAACAAAAUAGUGGUUAUAAAUGACCUAAUAAAUGCCUUCGUUUCCAAGCAGCACAUCUCUGAACUUAUGUACAUUAUCAUGAAUGGAUUCAGCUUUCCUCUUUGUAAGCUACCAGUAGCAAAGUAAACUGGAAUAGGGACAUUACAUGGAACGAAAUGUAAACAUGCCUGUAAUUACUCUGUGAUGGGAGCUAUGCUACAAUUAAAUAAAAUAUAUGGAUUGA